AUGGGGCAGCAGUGGGAUUCAGUGUCGGGCCACCAGUAUUUAGCAAGCCGGGAGAGCGUCUGUCUCUCCUGUCCAGCACCCACACUAGGCCCUAUAGCAUCCUCUGUGGAUUAUAAGAGUAAUACAGAUAUCAGCUGGUCCAAGGAUGACCCAGCACGGCAGUAUAGCG